AUGCAGGCCGUUAUCCGCACCACUUCAAUUUCUGAAGAACUUCCGCGCACAUCCAAGCCUGAACCUGCACAAGCUCCUCAUGAUUUGCGGAACAAUAACUUGGAAGUCCGGACUUUUUCAAGACAGGAAACAGGAACAAAUGAGUUCAGAGCUAUCACAGCAAUUGACAGAUGUGCACAGACUCCUGCAGCGGUAAAAACAUUUUGUGAGAAGAAUCCACCUUUGUUGGCAGCUCCAAACUUGGCUUCAGAAAAAUUUCAAAGCAGUAUCCAGCAAGAGUCAGUGUCGGCAGCACCUCCAACUUUCCAACAACCCGCUACCUCAGCAGCAGUUCCUCCCGCUAUACAAAUACUACCUACCUCGAAUGCGCGAGUACAGGAUGAAGUAGUGGAGGAAAGUGAUGACGACAAUGUAUUCCAAGUUGAACCAGAUGACGACUGCAUAUUGCUUGAUGAUGAGCCAGCGGGUCAUGAUUCUUUCGAUGAAAUCGAAUACACGGAUACGCAACCGGCAACGGGUAAUGCUUACCACCUCGACUCUGAUUAUUCUUUUAACGAUGAAGCCUAUGAGACCGUGAACAAGAAUUACGCCUAUUGCGAUAUUUGCAAUCGGGGACCGUUUCUCGUUGCAAACUUGUACAAGCACCUGCGAAACGUCCACAAAUGCAGUCAAGAGAGAAUUAACCGCGUACGCAAUGAUUUGAAGAAAGCUAUGUUUGGAAAUGAGUUUACUUGCGAAUGCGGAGCUAUCUAUCAUUCAAAAGACGGACUGAGGAAGCACAAAAGCGCCGCUCAUCCGACGGAAUCGACUCAUGCUUCUCAUGGAGUAACUUGUCCAAUCUGCGAUCGGAGAUCAGCUUCUCACCUUGAUUUGAUCGAGCAUUGCCGGCACUCACAUCCUUCUGCUGAUCUUACUGUUCAGAGAAAGACCUUUGCAUCGUGGUCUAGCUUCGAGGUCUGGAAGGAAGAAGAAGAACGCAGAACUUGCUCCAAGCUGGUGAAACGUGGCUUUACUAAAACUAGCAAGGGCAUAGUACACAUGUAUGGGUGUCACAAUGCGAAUGGUGCUGGUGGACGCAUUGACGCUACUGAGCGAAAGCAAAGAUAUCGAAAAACCAGAAGAGUGCACAAAAAUUGCACAUGCUAUGCAAAGGUUACGCAGCAGGAAGGCGGCAUGGUGAAUGUCAUAGCGUGUUUUGGUCACGUAGGACACGAGCUAAAUAGUGCUACUAUACCCUUAUCGGGAAGCGAUGUGGCAGUUGUACGAUCCAUGAUUGAAGCCGGAAUUCCCACAAACAUCAUAGUUUCCAAACUGCGGACUACUAGAUGGUUGUCGAACGUUACUCCGCAAAGGCAAGCACGGCUCUGUUUCAUCACAGCAAGAGAUGUAGCUAAUAUAGCCGCUCGUUAUGGGCUCGUUGAAGGCAUGAAUUCCAAAGAUGAUAGGCAAUCGCUAAGGACAUUAGUCGAGGACCAAGAACAAGUCGCGGCAGUAGAACUUUGUGAAACAUCGAAUCCUAGUGGGGACGGGUUCGUCCUCGCAUUUGUCACCGUCAAUGGUAAGAAAUAUCUCGACCGCUAUGGGUAUAGAGGGCUAGUGUUUGAUGACACUUUUAAUGUCACUCGGUACUGUUUUCGACUCGCUACCCUGUUAGUUGCUGACGAUGGAGGAAAUGGCUUCCCUUGCGCGCAUCUAUUGUCUUACCGAAUGACUAGUAAAGAAGUUGAAAUACUUUUUGAAUUGGUCAAGGAAUGUGUGCCGCACUUUGAGCCGCAGUUCGUCGUUACGGACGACACUUACGUCUUUUUCAACGCUUUCAAGAAAGUGUUUCCUUCGAGUAGAGCGAACAAACUUUUGUGUUCGUUCCACAUUAGUCAAAGCUUUGAGCGGAAACACAAAGAAUUGUUAGGGGUAACCAACGCUUCUGCUGCGCAGAGCAGAAUUAAAAGAAUACUGAUUGAGACCGAUCCGCUCAAAUUUGAGAACGCAUACGCUGACUACCUUAGCUGGCUCACUAUGAUAGGCGCGACGCAGAUGAAAACUUACGUGGAAAAGACGUAUACUUUGCGGAAAACUGAGUGGGCGAGAUGCUAUAGAAACGGGGCGCCAUUUCAUACAUCGAACCAUGCCGAGGCUUGGCAUCGAAAACUUAAGCACACAAUCCUACAAAACAAGCAAAACAGCCGACUCGAUUGUAUAGUAUGGAAACUACUGCAGCAUUCCCACAAUCUGGAUUUGCAGCUCACAUCAUCGUUGGUUCGAAAUGGAUGUGAUCUUUCAAAUCGAAGAAAAAUAAAUGUGCAAAUGCAUAAACAGGCCAUACAGCUCUACAGAUGCGCCAAUGCGAUAAUAUGGGACGCUGAGAGUAGCUGGAAGGUUUUAUCCUCAACCAGAGGCGUUGAGUACAGAGUGGUUUUCAAACAAGGCUGCGAUUGUAAUGAACAGAUUAACUCUCAUUGCGAACGUUGCAACGUUUGCGCAUACCAGGUUUCAUGUUCAUGCCUUGACGACCAUAGGGCCGGGAUAUCUUGCAUUCAUGCUCACGCGGUCGCCACAUACGUUCCUGAAGCCAAGCGAUUGUUACGUCCACUUAUACAUCGACUUGAUAGUCGUGAUGCCGUCACAUUACCGGAAAAUGCGAACGCGUUUGAAGGCGAAGGAUGGCAUGUUGGGAACGUCGUCGGAACCGAGGAAGAGUACAUCGGCGGUAGUGUAGUUGCGGAGGAAGUAAUUGCUGAAGACCAUCUUAAGGAAAUUUAUCACGAUUGCGAAGGGGCACAGGCUCAUUUAGCAGAAGUUACUCGUACUUUGUUCAAAAAUAAAAAUUACGACCUUCUUGAUCAAGUCAGCCGGGGAGUACGAAAAGUCCUUGGAGAAUUGCCUGUGCAAAAUGUCCAGUUCGCAAGACGAAAGGUACUACAAACUACGGGAACCGGGCCAAAACCGCAGCCAAUAGAAGUGCCUUACAAAAAGCGAAGCACGGUUAAAGCGGAGAAGAAACAAAAGAGAAAAUGA